AGUCGAUGAUUCGGAUGAGGGCUGCCUGGUGGUGAGUUCCCAGGGCGGUGAUCGGUCUGCUGUGUUUGGUUCGGGCGUCAGAGGUGGGGAGAGACAAGGGCGCUGGCAGAGGGGAUGCGGUUUUGCAGUUCUUCACCUCUCCCACUCUGGCUACCCCGCCCAUCGGUGAUAAAUCGUACGCACGAUUCCCGCGAAAACGGGACAUGGAAAGGCCGGGCUAGAGGCACGGUACAAACAACCAGAUGUGCCCUUGAGGCUGUUGCGGCACACAGCAAAUCCCUCGGAACCGCACUGCCUCGGGUGACUCAUCGACUCAUUCUCGGCUGUUCCCUGGGUGGCGCAUACAUUACGGUGGUUGACUCACCCAGAAGAAAAUUAUAUAUAACAGCGGCAUUCUGCAUCCCCGCUUCUCUUUCCCAUCUCCAACGUCCCCUUCGCUUUCCAACCACUACACUCACACAACUCGCAAGCUGUGGUUCAAGCGCGACAAACAGAUACAGCACCCUACCGCUCUCACCAUGACUUAUAACCUAUAUGGCUACCCUUCGCCCAAUGCUAGCCCAUACGGCUACGGUUAUGCUUAUCCUCCUCCUCCCCCUACAAUGAAUCCAUGGCACGACAACCCCCAAGGCUCCGUCCGUGACUGGGUCGAGCUCGACACCAACUCGGACAACAUCCGCCCCAACCACAUCUCCAAAGUCGAACAAUGGACCAAGCACCCCGACUGGCUCAAGGUCAUCAUGAGCGUGCUCAAAAGCCGCCUCGGGUGUGAGUGGCCGCAAAACUACAAGGCGAUCAUGUACCUCGAAAAGGUACCCGAAGCCGAGCUCGCUGGUGUGCACGACGAGCUCAAAAAGAUUGUCAAUGCCGGUGACUCUCUUCGUGGGCACGAACACUUCAAGGAGCAGGCCAAGGCACUCUAUGAGAAGGCAAAGGUUCAAAAGAAGAAGGCGGAUGAGGCGGCGGAGAGGAAAAAGUAUGAGGAGAUGAUGAAGAAGUUUGGGGGUAUGCCGUAUAGUGGAUGGGCGGGAUGGGCGGGGGCGCCCCCUGUACCGGGGGCAUACCCCGGUGGGCCACAGCAGUAUAUGGCUGUCUAUCAGAGGCCAAGUCCCUACGGCUACUACCCCUACCCGCCCUAGUCUCUGUUCCCGACACCUAACCCAUUCUACCAUACCAAGAACCAAGAAGAAGGCGCAUAGGCCGAGUGUAUAGACAUCAUGUCUGGAGUGUAGGCUAUGGCCAUUUGGCAAUCAUAGCAGCCCCUCCCUAGCAGUACUGCCUACAUAUACGCAAGGCUCCUCAGCGUACAUUACGCUUUGCUACCAGAUUCAGAGACAAAGACAAACAUGAAGAAGCGUUGAUAGGGAGGCGGAGGAGUUGAGAUGAUCGUUCGCUUUGAGACAACUUGUACAGCUAUCCAUAUAAACUAU